CUCGCGCCUCGGGCUCGGGCUCGGCUGGGCGGAAAAACAAUUCCCCAUUCCUCUCCUCUCCUCUCCACUCUCCGCCUCCCCUCCCCCUCAGUGGCAGACGCUAGUGCUGUGGGUGCGUGGGCCGCUGCAGCUAGGCUAGGGUUCCGCUCGCCGAAUCCGUCGCCGUGCUGCUGCCUGCCGGGAUCUGCUGCUGCUUCGGGGCUCCGCGGUUGAUCCGGCGGGCGCGAGAUGAAGUCGUCGCUGCGGAAGCUGCGGGGCUUCGCGCUGCAGCGCCACGAGCAGCGGGUGGACCGCCACCGCGACCACUCCACCGCCGCCAAGGCCGCGGACGAGCUCCUCGCCGCCGCCCAGGAUAUGGCAGAUAUGAGGAACUGCUAUGAUAACCUGCUUGCCGUUGCAGCAGCAAUAGCAAACAGUUCAUAUGAAUUCUCUGAAGCACUACAAGAAAUGGGUACUUGUUUACUUAAGAGAGUGACACCAACUAAAGAUGGAAUUAAUGAUAAGGUUUUGCUGUUGCUCGGGAAAUCGCAGUUUGAACUUCGGAAACUUGUAGAUAGUUAUCGUGUUCAUGUUCUUACUACCAUUACCACUCCAUCACAGUCCCUACUUAAUGAGCUUCAAACUGUAGAGGAAAUGAAGCGCCAGUGUGAUGAAAAAAGAGAAUUGUUCGAAGUCUUGCUAAAUGCACAGAAGGAAAAGGGGAGAUCUAAGAAUUCCAAAGGUGAUCCUGUUGCGUCAGAGCAGUUGAAACAAGCUCAGGAAGAUUAUCAAGAGGAAGCGACUCUUUUUCUUUUUCGGUUGAAGUCAUUGAAGCAAGGACAGUUUCGAAGUCUUUUCACGCAAGCUGCUCGGCACCAUGCCGCUCAGUUAAAUUUAUUCAAAAAAGGUGUCAAGUCUCUCGAGGCUGUAGAGCCACAUGUUAGGCUUGCUGCUGAGCAACAACACAUCGAUCAUCAGUUCAGUGCACUUGAAGAUGAGGAUUACUCUGUUGAAGAUGAAAAUGAUGACGAUUACAAUGACAGUCAUGAUGGAGAACUUUCUUUUGAUUAUGGAGAAAGUAAGGAAACUGCAGAAGCUGGUCAUGCUUCCCAUAGUCCUACAGAGGAAUUUUUUGAUAGAAACAAAGGAGAUUAUUCCUCUUUUCCUGGUGAAAGACAAAGACCUGUAAGCCAGUCAGCUCCACUUUUUCCUGAGAAGAAGCUUGAAACAGCAGAAAGAGUAAAAGAGUUGCGGCGUUCUGCAACGAGGAAGUUACAUACUUACGUUUUGCCUACUCCAAAUGAUGUUCAAGCCACCUCUCAGACAAUCGCAGGAAAUCCUACAAGUGGUUCUCCUAUUGAGAGCAAAAGUGUAUUCCAUUCAUCUCCGCUCAACCCAAGUACACAUAUGGGAGCUUUAAGAGACAAUAAGCUACCAAGUCCCGCCAGAUUAUCUAAUGCACAGUCUGUGCUGAAAGAAAGCAAUACCAAUACAGCAGAAAUAAGGACAAUGCUCCCAGCUGUUGAUCCGGCUUUACCAGGCUAUAACAAUUUGAAGGCUUCUUCUGACAACAAAAAAGUGAAGAGGGGGUCCUUUUCUGGUCCGAUUCCUCUCCGAUCAAGGUCAACAGAGAAUAUUGAUGCCGCCGCCGCAAGGCACAGCUCUGCACAUCAGCCAACAAUUCAUGUGAGAGUGUCACCCAGUUCCUCCCCGCCACCCAUAUCCUCACCCAGAAUUAAGGAGCUUCACGAGCUGCCGCGGCCGCCCACUGGUGCAUCAAGAAAUACAGCAUUUUCUAGUUUAGUCGCUCACUCCGCGCCGUUGGUACCAAAUUCUGCCCCGUUGGCAUCCAGAGGCCACUCAGGGCAGGACCAUUUUAAUUUUAGGGCCAGGCAAACACCACCAAGUGCUCCACAAACUGCAUCGCCUCUACCAACACCGCCUGGUCCUAUAUCCCGCAGUUUUUCUAUACCCUCUAGGGGCAUUAGAACAGGUAUUUCAGAUGGCAAAGAAACAGAAGAUCAUCAAGAUAAAGGGGCCGCUAGAAUGAGCCUCUCUUCUCUUCCUUCAGCGCAAACAUUCUUGGAGGAUCGUCAACCUUUGCCAGCAGCUGCCGAGUCAGUUAGCAGAACAUAGGGAUAUUUGGUGUUAAGGUGGGAUUUUAUAUGAUAUAUAAUAUGUCAUGCUAAUUGAGAGGCUUGGCUACUUUUUCGUGGAAAAACAAUGUACAUACUAGUAUGAGAACUAAACCCAUAUUGCAAAGUAGCUGGUGGGGUUGGUGUCCCCCUAUGGUUGAGUGUAGUUGUGCAAAUAACGAGUUUGUUGAAUAAAAUUCUCCAUUUUUCGCUCCGAUAA